CCUAUUCCCAUAUCUCCUUUGGAGUAAAGUGGGUAUCUUGGUCUGAUGUGAUGCUGUUUGGCAUCCCACUUUAGUAGAUCAAAUAGCCCAUGAUCUCUCUCUCAGUGGUGCUAGCUGAGGCCCUGCAGGCAAGAAAGGCAAAUAUAUUCCUAGAAUAUUUUCGUUGAAAUGAACCACUGACCAUUCCGAGGAGGAAGGGUUUCAUUGCAGUCAACUUGUCACCAAGUGGACAAUUAAGUCUUUUAAGAAAUGGGGACAUACUUGGGACCCAGAGUUGGUCUCUGUUAGAGGCAUUAGCAGCAGCAUUAGCUAGGGAAGGUUUGGUGAGGGGGAGCCCAUACUAUUGGGUAUGUGCAUAGGCUCCACACCUGCCAUCAUGGCUACUUCAUCAUGUACCCAGUGUGCCAACACUAGGGUGGCAGAUGACAUAGGGUAGCUGAUGUCAACUGGCCGAGUCAUUUGUCUGCCUGGUUUUUUAGUGCUUAUUCUGUGGUGGAUGUUUUCUGGUGGGAAUUAACAUGCAACACGAAGAUCUUCCAACUUCAUUCUCAUACAUGUUCUAUUCCAGACCAUUCUCUGAUCAUUCAGUCUUUCUUAUCCUAGGAUCCUGGCUAUCUGGAUGGUCCAUUUGCUGCCUCCUCCAGUCUUUAUACAGUCUAACCUCAGGCCACUCAUCUUUCCAUAAAAAGUGGAUGAUUAAUUAUUCCACUUAAAGGUCUAUCCUUUGGAGGAUUUUUUUCUCACCAGCGUUGUUCAUGCCACUACUGAGAGGAGCUAUAGUGCAGCUGGAGUCCAUUUUUAGCUGGCACCCAUGAGAUGAAGCUGACUCAUCCGUGGACCAAACUCAGGUGUUUAGCUCCUUCAUCAGCUGGCAACAAGGGAUCCCCAUGCAGCUAUAGGUGUGAGCUGAGGAAUGGUAGAUGACAUGAGGUUUGGGCCACGACUCCUGUAGAUUGCUUGUGUCUUCUGGUCCUCUUCAUGCUCAGUGGUCCUGAAUGCACCAUUUCCAUCGCUUUAUCUCUUUUUCCACCAUCUGCUGUGGCAAUUCUGUCAUGCUUGUCUCACUUAGAGUGGGCUAUUGCAUUUUCCAUGUUUCUAGGAGCCAUUUUAGCAGUGAGUUCAUACAAUUUCCAGAGUCUUUGUCUGGCUGUCAUACCCUAUAUCCUUGGAGAGUGCCCUCAAAUCUAUAAAAAAACUCCAUUAUUCAACCAUGUGCUUCUUGGUCAGGUAACCUCAGUCCCAUGUGUAUACUCCCAGCAGAUUACAUUGUGAUCUAACCUUUGUUUUUCGUCUGGUGGCCAGGAGUAGAGAUUGAGUCCUAUCUUCAGGGGUCACAUGUUGUCUUAUAUAGAAAGACCUUUGCAUCCUCUUUAACCAAAGGUGGAAUGCCAGCCUUCAUAGGAGAACGGGCCACUUCUGCAGGCUUAGAGGGCUCAAGGUGUUCCAAGGACUCAAGACUUUUGACUGCGUCAACCCAGAUGCUUCCAUUUGAUAUGUCAGGGCCCCACUCUUUCCCAACCAGGGCCUUGGCCUUAUCAGAGAAAGCCUGUUUUAGUGGGAUUUUAAUUUUAAGUCUGAGUCUGAGUCUCAGCUUCCUCUGCCCUCCUAUUGUAGGAGAUGAGAAAGACUUUGUAUGCUACCAGGUAGGCCUUCUGGCUUUCUUACUGGGCUUGUAAUUGUCAGCUAGCCUUGCCCAGCUUUCCUUAUCUAUUCCAAAGUUUUACUCAAACUUAGCAAUAGGCACCCAAUUCUAUUGUCCUCAUAGUUACUAUUUAUUUGCCCUGUAUUUUUCAUAGCUUGCUAUUUCAUAGCCAGGUUUAAUGUGUUCCCUUCUGCUCUUACACCAUACCAACUCACCACCAAUAAAGUUCUCUCAAUCAUUGCCAUGGCUCUGUGUAGUUCACCUACCACCAGUGAUGGGGUGCUAACUGCCAUUUGGGUAGGGGGUGGUCCAGCUCCAAAUCCCAUCCCAGCAUCUGCUUCCCAAACCAUUCCCAGAGUCAAUUGUCACAAGUUGGGUCCCUGGAGAGGCAGAAUCUGAGAUGAAACUUAGCAUGUAGCAAGUUUAUUAGGGAAAGCUCUUAGGAUCAACCCCUGUGAAGGGAAGGAAGCAGGCAGGAGUAGAUGGAGAAGAUGAAUUCCAGUUCAGUCUCAGUAGAAGCCUUGGCCACUCCUCUUGAGAGUUGUGAAGAGGGAAUGACCCUUAAUAGCUGUCCUGAGUUGGGGAGAGAGAACACUGAGCCUUUCUACACCCAUGUCAUGUCUGUGGGACACCCCAGGAAGCAGGUAUGGCCUUAGGGAAGGCAGCUUUCUUUAGUAGGGCCAGUCUCUGAAAAGAGAUGAUAAUAUAAAGUGGGAAACGCAUUGUGUAAUGAAUUUACUGAUUUAUAUUUCUUUUAUUAUUUUCCCCUUAGCAUCUUUUUAUGGUGAAAGCUAUGUGGAGCUCAACAUCAUAGAAGUUUCCUCUGAGCUAUCUCUUCAAUUAAAAUUUCAAACCAGCAAACCACAGGGAUUACUUUUUCUUGCAGCUGGGAAGAAUGACUAUUGUAUAAUAGAGCUUCAAUCAGGAACCUUAUGGGUGAGAGUGAAUUUGGGCACAGGUGAACAAGUGCUCCUUUCUGAGCAAAGACUUCGUAUGGAUGACUUGGUUUGGCAUUUGGUGGAGCUGUCCUAUGUUAAGGAUAAUAUUUCCUUGGUUAUUGACAAACAUUAUACGACAACUGGCCAAAUGGCUGGUGGGAUGAAUAAUUGGAAUUUUCAACAUGGAAUCUAUGUAGGAGGCCGAGGGUCACUCAAUGUCCCUUACCUGGAUGGAGAGCUCCCCAAUUUCCGUGGAUGUAUGGAGGAUGUGGUAUUUAACCAGAGGGAGAUUCUUACAUCCCUUAGAUCUUACCCUGGUUUUAAGAAGGUUUAUGAGGUGUCACUUGGCUGCAGUGAUGAGUUUUUUGCAGGGGAGGAUGAAGCUAUCAAUUUCUUUAGCUCCAGAUCCUAUGUCACUUUGCCUGAAUGGAAGGUACAAGGAGAAGGACUACUGGAAUUUGCUUUACAAACUGAAACUCAGUGGGCCUUGCUUUUAUUUCAGUCAGGUAGAGAAGGAGAUUUUGUUGCUUUGGAAAUAAAUGAAGGUCUAUUGAAGGCUCACGUAGGAAGGGGUAAAAGUAAAAUUCAGCUUUCUUCAUUUAGCUUAGUUAGUGACAACAAAUGGCACAUUAUUCAACUCGAAUUCACGGGAAGGUCUCUGGACCUAAUGGUAGAUGAACAAGGAGUAAGGACGUCGCUGCCUUUGCAGAGCAAACCAUUUGUAUCUGAAGGCCCCCUCUUUGUGGGAGGUCUUGAUAACCGAAUGUGGGAAGAAGUAAAGAAGUUACAACUUGCCUCCGUGCCUGGGAAAUCUGCUCGAGGAAUCUCUUUCAAAGGGUGCUUAAGAAGCUUGGAAGCCAACUCAGAAAAGAGAGCGUUAAGGGAUGCCCUUGUUUCCAGAGAUAUUUCUGCUGGGUGUAAAACCGAGAGUAUCCAUAACACAAAUCCUUCCGUGACAGCAAUAGAAAACCUGCUUCAGUCGGAAGUCUCCCCUUCCAUUGUCAUCCCUGGAGCCAUCACACCUUUUCUUCAAGAUGAGAGUAGCUCUUUCUUGGUUUUGAAUAACUUGGAGGUCCAAGAGGGUGGACGAGCCUUACUUGAACAAAAGCAUAUAAAGGUGAAUGGGAAAUUUAAGGAUGUAGGUCUCCAUCAUUCUCAAAUAGUAUUUAAAGUAGAUAAAAUGCCUACUCAUGGGUUUCUUCAAUUAGAUGUUUCCUCUGAGCAAGAAACGGAGACGGCUUUUACUAUGUUAGAUUUGGGGCAAGGAAAAGUUUGGUAUGUCCAUGAUGGUUCGGAAGAACCCAUGGAUCAUUUCACAUUUUGGGUCUCUUCCAAUAGCAAGAAGGAAAUGCCAUUAUAUCUGCGAGAACAUAUCCCAUACGUGUUUAACAUUAUCGUCAUUCCAGUGAAUGAUCCCCCGUACCUCAAGCUCUUGGAAGGAAACUUGCUACUCCUGUUUGAGAACUCUAAGAAGCGACUGCCCCCAAAUAUGAUACACGUGUCAGACCCUGACACAGAGUCUUCGCGUCUUAGUGUUUCAGUUCUGGGGAACUUCAAUUCAGAUGCUGGGUUUUUAGAAAACACAAAUGAUCCUGGGAAAGCCAUUAAUGGUUUUACAUGUGAGGAUUUGAGACAUGGCAACAUUUUCUAUGUGCACAGGGGUCAUCGGAACUCCAGGAUUGUUCUGAGGGCGAGUGACGGAGAGCUGGUUAGCAAUACGGUGGUGUUACGGGUCAUGGCUGUUCCCUGGGACUUCGCAGUGUCCAAUAUAACUGGUGUGUUUGUAGAACAGGGUGGCACGGCUCUGAUUACACAGAGUAACCUGUCGGUGGAGGUUAAUGGUGAGCGGCACGAGCUGGAGACUCGCUAUAACAUCACUCGCCCACCUCAGUUUGGCCAGAUCCAGCGGCUCCAUUCAAGUGGGGAAUGGAAACAAGUUAGUGCCUUUUCUCAGCGUGCAGUCGAUCGGAGUCGGGUCCGGUAUUGCAGCACAUUCAGAGAACUGCAGCUAGGAAAUGUUACGGAGCACUUUAAAUUUAAAGUUCACGUGGAAGGAAAAAUCAGCGAGGAGCUGAUGUUUCCAGUUACUGUACAAUGGCUGAAGUUUACACUUCUGGAAAAUGUUCCUCUAGAGAUCGGUAAAAUAAACAAGCAAGUGUUGGAUUCUGAUCAUUUGCAGGCUGCAACAGAGGGUGUGGAAGUAGCUGAGGGGGAACUACAUUUUAAGUUACUGACCCCACCUAGGAAAGGAAAAUUGCUCCUUGGCAAUAAAGUUCUAAAAACAAAUUCGAUCUUCAGCCAAAAAAAUAUUACAGAUGCUAAGAUAAGUUAUGAACCUCAGGAGAUGCCAAGGGAAGACUCACAGGAUACUUUUAGAUUUUCGAUUGUUGCAAAACACAUAGAAUCAAAAGAUUAUACUUUUAGAAUAAACUUUAAAGCAGAUAAGACAAAAAUUAUUGUAACUAACAAAGGAUUAUUUGUAAAAGAAGGAGAAGGGAAAUUAAUUACAAAAACGGAGUUAUUUGUUCAAACCUUGGACAAUCAGAUCUUCCAAUAUAAGAUCACCAAAAGCCCUCGACAUGGGAAGCUAAAACUGCUUAGCUUUUCUGAUUCUCUGGAAAGUAAUGACAAUGUCACUACGUUCACAAAUCAGGACAUAGUAGAUGAACGGCUGAUGUACGUUCACGAUGACUCUGAGACCCAGUUUGAUGAAUUCUUCACCGUAGCCUCCACCAAAGGACCAGGCCGAGAGGGAGCAGGCCGAGAGGGAGCAGUCAGAGAUCUUGACUCGGAGCGUCUGUCUACAGAAAUCAAAGUCACUGUUUCUAUCGGGUUGAAGAAUGAUGAGAAACCGGUACGUGUGGUAGAUAAGGUCUUUCACGUUGUGCGGAAUGGUCAGCGCUUACUGACCCUGGCAGAUCUCUGUUACCAUGACCCUGACUUAGAUUUUGACGACGGGCAGUUGCUCUACACCCGGCGGGGCAUCCCAAAUGGGGAUUUGGUGCUAGCCGGCGACCCCACUUGGAAACUCUACCAGUUCAGGCAAGAGGAUCUUCGGGAAGGGCGCGUGCUCUUUAGGCAUCGGGGCUCAGACUCGGCUCGCUUCGUGCUGUUUGUGACAGAUGGCAUUCACUACACAUCAUCCCUUCUUGAGGUCAGUGUGUCAGACCCCUAUGUCCAGAUUGCCAACAACACAGGGCUGCUCGUGCAGAGAGGAAAAGAUGGUAGCCUUAGAGCAGCCAACCUGAGUGUCACUACAAACCAAGAUGUCAGAACAGACCGAGAGAUCGAAUACCACAUCGUGCAGCCCCCAAAGCAUGGCAGGGUACUGGUCAACAGCUCAGCGUUCCACUCAUUUUCCCAGGAUGACCUGAAGCAAGGACGUGUGACUUAUAGCCAUGACGGCAGUAGCAACUUUGAUGUGUUCAACCUGACAGUGAAAGUUAAAGAUACGUACUUAGACGUGGGAGUCUUUGUUCAAGUACUCUCGGGAGGCGACCAACAUCACACCCAGGUGCUGCACACCAAGACUCUUGUAGUUGAAGAAGGAAAACCAGUAAAACUGAGUAGAGGAAGGCUCCAGGCUGUGCAUGAAGAUAAUAUUCCUUCAGAGGCAGUGUUCAUCAUCAGAACUCCACCAAUGCAUGGAGACCUCCAGAGAUCUACACCAGAAGGCAUCUUGGGUGCAGAUGGAAAGUCCCCUUUGAUUUUUACACAACAGGAUGUUGAUGAUGGCAAUAUCCUUUAUGUGCAGACAGCUCCUGACCAACAACAGGACCGUUUUUCCCUGGAUGUGACGGAUGGUGUCCAAGUUGUGAGUGGAAUCGAAGUCUUGGUGGAUAUCGUCCCUAAGUGGAUUCCUCUGGAGGUACAGAAUUUCACAGUUCCAGAAGGUGGCUCCACAGAACUUCUAGAAGACUACCUUAGAAUUCCAAACAAAUAUUUUGAGGGACUUGACUGUGAAUUUGUUCUACUUGAACCACCAAAACACGGUUAUGUUGAAAGUUCUAAAUUUCCAAGAGUAGAGCUAAUGAAAUUUACCAGGAAACAGGUGGAAAAUGAAUUGAUUUACUAUGUUCAUGAUGAUAGUGAAGAGCUUCUUGACAAUUUCACCAUCUUUGCAAAUAGCUCAGAGCUUGGAAAACAGAGUCUGCCCCAAACUCUUUUUGUGACUGUUGACCCUGUAAAUGAUGAAGCUCCAGUGAUAACAGCCAAUAACAUCCUCCAGGUGUGGGUGAAUUCUGUCACUGCGAUGACCAGAGGUAACCUCUGUGCAGAAGAUGUGGACUCUGCCCCACAGGACCUGGCCUACUGGGUCACUCCACCCACCAAUGGGCAUUUGGCUCUCAAGUCCUUUCCUAGCCAAAGCAUCCAGAACUUCACCCAGGCUCACAUCGACGAGGGCCAGCUAGUGUUUGUACACACCGGAGCAAUGUCAGGAGGCUUUAAUUUUCAGGUUACUGAUGGCUUGAACUUUGCACCUCGACAGAUUUUUAUAAUCACAGCUCGAGCUCUGAUCAUUAGCUUAGAAGUAAACAGAGGACUGAGCAUCUUCCCAGGUUCCACGAAGCCCCUUUCAUCUCGUGACCUGAAAGCUGUGACCAAUGAUGUGGACAGUGCAGGAAACAGAACUAUAACUUUUACGGUUAUAAGUUCCCCUAGACGGGGGAGGUUGGUGAGAAUGAACUCUGACGGCAGCACAGAGGAAGUUUCCAUUUUCACCCAGCGUCUGGUUAGCGAAGGGCUGAUAUUAUACCAGCAUGUGGACCAUGAGAACACAGACUGGACCACGGAAGACUUCUUUACAUUCACGGCCUCUUCCCCACCGGCAGCUCUGGGCCCCGAGGAGUUUCAUAUUGUUAUUUCCUAUGAAAUCAGUGAGCCUGGACAGCACAGUCAUCUGCUUGCAAAUACAGGUGCUGCUGUCAAAGAGGGAGACAAAGUUCUAAUUGACCAAUCUAAGUUAGAUGCUUCCAACCUCUUAUUUAAAUUGCCCAAAUCUCAGCGCUCCUCCUAUGAAAUUUGGUUCCAGGUUACAUCUCUUCCUCAUCAUGGAACCAUUAUGGUUGGAGAAAGAAAUAUUACCAAAGGAAAACCCUAUUUCUCCCAGCAUAUAAUCAAUAAGUUUGGAAUCACAUACUUCCACGAUGACUCUGAAUCACUGGCUGAUAAUUUUACCUUUGCAGUUUGGCCAAACCAAAAGAGCAAGUCCACCACCAAACCAGAAACUGACUUUCUUGAAGAGAUGUUUAAUAUCACCAUCUCUCCUGUUAAUGACCAGGCACCAGAAUUAAAGACAAAAGGACUUCGCUUGAAAGUUCUGCAGGGCAGUAGAUUGGUUGUGGGACCUGAAAACCUGAAAGUGGAAGAUCUAGACAGUCCUCCAGAAGAGAUCAGAUAUGUGAUCCUCCGUAAUCCUAAUAAUGGCUUUUUGGCAAUGGCUUACCGUCCAGACACACCUGUUCACCAUUUCACACAAGCCGACAUUGAUGACUUUCAGGUGUGGUUCAUACAAGAUGGAAGCCCAUCCUCAGGGGUGUUUUACUUUAGUGUGACAGAUGGUGGACACCGCCCUCUCUACAAGCUCUUCCACCUGGAUGUCAUUCCUAUCUCCAUCACCCUUGUGAACCUCACUGACCUCCUUCUCCCACAGGGCCAGACAACCGUCCCCAUCACCAGUGCUCACCUGUCAGCCAGGACCAAUGGGAGGAGCCCCCAUGUCACCUACAAGAUAACAUGGCCCCUCCAGCAUGGGCACCUACUGAAUGAAAGCCAGGUGGUCACCAGCUUUGGACAGGAGGAUCUGGAUUCAGGAAGACUCUCUUACCAUAUGACGAAUCUCACUGCCGCAGAAGACCAGCUACAGUUCUCACUGUUUACAUCAGAAAGCAACCUGACAGGACAAACGCUGAACAUCAGAGUGCAGCCUUUACUGCGGGUUGUGUCAGACUUGAAAAUUGCCAACGGAGUGGCUCAUCAGCUGAGAAGAAAGGACCUAGAUGCUACCGAGCUGGCUAAUAUGAGUAACAGUGAUCCCAGAUUUGAAGUGACAGAACCGCCUGUCCACGGAAGGCUGGUGUGGAGAGGGCCUCGCAGCUCUGUGAGGGAAGACGCUACGCUGUUCACUCAGACGGACGUUGACCGCGGGCUGCUGCUGCUUGACCCACACGCCAGCCUCACAGGCACCGAUGUGCUGAACGACUCCUUCACUUUCUUGCUCAGGGCGGACCGAGUACAGCCUGCGGUGGGUUGUCUCCCUUUCAGCAUAGUGCCACCUGACCCCUUACUUUUGCAAACGUUUACACCGGAUGUUCCUUUAUUUGUCACUGGAGAUAACCUUGUGACCUCGGUUCUCUCUCAGGAAAACCCUGUGGUUUCCUCAGGACCCACGACAGGGACAGAAACUCUGGGGAAGCUGACCUGGUCCAGAUGGCAGGAAGCAGAUCCCUGGGGACAACACAGGGGUGAAGAGCCCAGUGUGGAUGGCAAGGUCUCUCCCACCAAGUUCAUCGGGCCACCAGCUGCCACCAAAGUCAGCCCUGGGGCACCCACUCAGCCCAGGGAGAGUGGCUACCCUCUGAUGGUCAUCCUGCCUUUGGCCGCGGUGAUCUUCCUGCUGAUAGUGGCCGCAGUGGCCUUGUGUGUCUGGCUGCUGGGCCGGAAGGUAGAGAAGGCAAAACCCCUUCUCAAACCCCAGGCCAGCCCAGAGCCCACAGCCCCAAGUCAUAGGCCAGAAAGAAGCACAACCAUUCCCAUGGUCACAGUGACACCCCUUAUACAAAGCUCCAGCAGCCCUCCCACCGGUCUUUUCAGGGGCCCGCAAUAUGACCCAGUGGAUUCUCCUGUGUCUGAGCCAGUGGAAACAUGUGGUCCUUGGGAGACAUGGGUGAACCUGGAUCCCAACAUGGUCAAGCUCUGCCGACAAACCAACCCAAUGCUGAAGCACAACCAGUACUGGGUGUAGACCGAGAGCUGUCAUUUUUCGUAGAUCACCUACUGUGUACCAGGCACUGGGAUAUAAAGGCAAAGAAAUGCCAGUUGAAUGAACUGAGAAAAGCCUGGCCCCACUAGUGACACAGUUCUCAGUCACAGCCCCAUGGUUACAUGUUGGUGUUUACUGUAACUUUUGUAUGACAAACAUGGGCUUUCCACGGUGUGCUCUGUGUGUUCUCUCCCAGACCUGACUUUCUCAGUAUACAUAGUUGGUCAAUAUUUAAACUCUUUACCAAGGUGCUACAGAACAUGUUGGCCCCGCUGAAAAUAGCAGUAUUAACUUGGGACAUAGAGUUAAAGGAGGAAGGCUUUGAAUACUUUUCAUUGAGGAUUCACUCUGAGUGAGUCAGCAGGAAGUGCAAGAACUAUCUAUUUCAGUAUGUAGAAGAGGCAAUUCAUCAAAUCAAUGAGUUUGUUUAUGUAGUGCUUUUCUGUAAUGUCUUUUCCUCCUUGGAGUCUCUAAGUUGGAUUCCCUAAUGUAGGAAGUGCCUUGAUGUUCCAGGUGGUGGGACACUUUGGCCCCUUUUGAAGAUAUCCACUGAGUGCAUUGUGUUUCAUCAAGAGGCUUUGUCUUUUCUGAUUUGUAAAAUCAAGCCUAGAAUAGAAAUAUUAUUUGAAGCCCUACUGGACAGAAAAGUUUGUUAAUUGGGAUAAUGGCAAAUUUGUAUUUGAAUUAAACCGGACACAGUUAAGCCUAUCACUGGCCAACUCAAGCUUCAACUUCUGUAAUUGUAAAAUGAAGGUAUCAGUACUAGUAUUCGGAAUGCUUUGGGCUGCAAAUCAUAUGACAUCCACUAUCAUUGGCUUAGGUCAGGGAUUGGAAACCUUCUGUAAAGAGUCACAUAGUCAAUAUUUUAGGCUUUGUGGAUCACAUAUAGUCUCUGUCAUACAUUCUUCUUGUUUUGUUUCAACAACCUUUUAAAAUGUAAAAACAAUUCUUAAUUAUUGGAUUUGGCCUACAGACCUUGAUUUGCCAAGCAUUGGUUUAGGCAAAAAAAAAAAAAAGUGUGGAAUUAUCUCAAUUAAGGAGUAUUUUAAGGUGGGCGUUCUAAGGCUGGUUCAGUAGUUAAGGAUGUCAUUAGGCCUGAAGCUCCUUGGUUCUUUCUCUUCUACCUUCCUCAAGCUGUUAGCAUAUUGUUCUUCUAUUUACUUCCUUACUAUUGUAAGAUGGCUGCUAAAGCUCCGUACCACACAACCACAUUCAAAGGCAGAGAUCACAGUGGAGGAAAGAGAGAUAUGGCAACAUAAAAGACAGACUCUUGUUUUAUUAUUGUAUUUCUAAUCUUAUAAGAGGAGUUCCUCCCCAAACAUUUUUUCCCUUUUAUGUCUCAUUGUCUAGAACUGGGUAACAUGAUUCCCAUCCCUUGACCAACCACUGGCAAAAGAAAAUGGGAUUCUCAUGACUACCUGUCUCUCCUCGGCUGCAAGAGGAAUCCACCAACUCAGAGAUCAAUGGAUCAGCCCACCAUGUAAUCAGGGAAGGAUGGGGGCAUAGCAAUGAAAUAGACAAUGCAUAGGGUCUAUUAAAAUAUUCUUCAAGUAUUGGAAUACUUGGGAUUUUGAUACUUCAAAUUGGUGUCCAAUAUUAAAUAUUUCCUUUUCAUGUUUUAAUGAUUCUCUUAAAGCCAGAGGCUGAUAUUUUUUAGUAGAGGUGGGAUGGGCUGUGAUGGAGGUAGUUGUGAGGGGAGAUAUCCCCCCUGGAGGACAUUUGGCAAUGGCUAGAGACAAUUGUGGUUUUCAAAACUGGUGGGGAAAGGGUGCUUCUUACAACUAAUGGGAAGAGGCCAAGGAGGCUGCCAAACAUCCAAAAUGCACAGAACAUCCCUCCAUGACAAAAAAAAUUAUCUGACUCAAAAUGUCAGUAGUGCUGAGAUUGAGAAACCCUGUUUUAAGGCAUAAUGAAGAGUUUUCUUGUAUACCCAAUGAAGGAUUAACAAAUUUAUUAGCAAGUCUAGGCAAAAACUAUUUUGUAAAAACAGCAUGGCAGGGUGAAAAUUCCACAGCAUAUUGAAACUCUGAUUGGCUAAUGGUGCACAUGAACAUUUUCAAAAAGAGGAUAUUAAAACCCAAGCAAAAUUUGACAGCGGACUCAUUUCUUUAUAUUUCUCCUUAUCCUACUUAGAGAAAGAUUUUGCCAACAGGUGGAACAUAUCAGAAGAAAAAAAUGAGGUAGGAUAUUUAUAAAGGUAAAGAUGAGGUCAAAGUGUCCCCAAAAGUCUGAUGCCUCUGAUGAGUUCCAUAUGGAAAAGAUGCUUUUCUCACUCCCUCUCUUCUCUGCUCCUCUAAGUCACACUUCCCUCCCAACCCAAUUUUAACUGCUCUUUGUGAAAACACAUUUCACAGUCUACAGAAUAAAUGGAAGCAUAGCAUAUUUGGGCCUAGAGACACCUACUCAUGUCUUAGAUCCUUGGAUCUCAUGCCAUGGACAACUGUUGCCUGCCAUCCCUGGUGUGGACAACUGUUGCUGAAGAAAACUUCUCUACUCUUCUUCCAAAAGUACUUCCCUCCUGCAUUUCUGGACUUCUGAGUUAUAUCGCCUCUUUCAAGUGUUUUUGUUUUAGAAAGGAGGAGGAAUGAGAGUCUUAACCUAAAGUUGGCUUGAUCAUUAUGCAACUCAAAAUUGUUCUUAGACCUGUUCUAAUCUGGGCACUUGGAAGGAAUAGAUUGGCAGUAUGUGCUCGAGUCUGCACACACAGGGACAGACUAAGGAGCGUGUCUGCAUCCAGUAAGUGGGCUCUGCUCCCCCUCCACUGGGCAGGGGGAAUGCCUGUUCUUUGUGGAGAAGCCAGACAUACUUGGCU